CGCAAACGCCGCAUGUGCCGACUCGGACUGGACAAAAAUACUUCAGACGUGAAAGACUUUGAUCAUGCUUUUAAAGAGGUACAGUAUCUCGUUUGAUAGGUCAAAGUCUAAGGCGAAAAGAUGGGCAUCAGACAAAGUGUGUAAUACCAUAUAUCUAUGAUCACUUGCAUCCGUGAUCGGCACCUCCAUAUUGUCUAGUCUCUAUGAGCUCUGGUGCCUUUUAUCCCAGGAUUUCCGAUCUCGGGCCUCCAUGCUCUUGGUACUUAACGUCACAGAUCCUGUCCUUCGCCAAUAUCGACCGUCCUCCACUUCUCAUAGUGUUCUCCGAAUCAGUCAUAGAACUUGGCUUCAGCUUCAAAGUUUCGAAUGUCUUCAUUCGAGUCCUUAAAAGCGUCAUUCAAAGGUGACAUAGUCACUGCAUCUGACCCCGAUUACGGGACGGCUAUCUCCCGCUGGGCGAAGAACGCUGAGAGAAGCGCCAAAUUUGUUGCGUUUGUGAAAGAUGCAGAAGAUGUCAAGCUGGCUCUUGACUUCGCGAAGACCGAGAAACUACCUAUCGCUGUCAGAGGAGGUGGACACAAUCCGGCUGGUGCUUCCUCAUCAGAGGGCGGUCUUGUCAUCGAUCUUUCUAGAUAUCUUGCUGGAGUCACAGUAGACCCGGAGAAGAAGCUCGGCUAUGUUGGAGGAGGUGCUAUUUGGGAAACGGUCGAUAAAGCGGCGAUUACACAUGGUCUUGCGACCGUGGGCGGUACAGUUAAUCAUACUGGAGUCGCUGGCCUGACUUUAGGAGGAGGAUACGGUUGGCUUUCAGGAGAACAUGGCCUAACUAUCGAUAACCUCGUCCAAGCUACCGUGGUGAUAGCAGAUGGUUCUAUCGUGACAGCCAAUGCAGACGAGAACAGUGACUUGUUCUGGGCUAUCAGAGGAGGUGGCUGCAAUUUCGGAGUUGUCACUGAAUUUGUGUUCCGACUACACGACCAGCGAAAGACUGUCUAUGCCGGCCAUUUAAUAUUUCCAGGACCCCUCGUUAAGCAAUUAAUUCAAGUUACGAAUGAGUGGCAGAAAAACCAACCGAAGAAUGCAGGCAUGAUGCAAGCUCUGACACGCAGUCCUCCGCCCGAGUGCCUUCCAUGUUGCAUCUGCGUCGUGUUCUUCAAUGGAUCUGAGGAGGAGGGGAGAAAGGAAUUCAAAUCGUUCCUGGAUCUCAACCCAAUUGAUCUUACUUCCGAGAUACCCUACGAGAAACUGAACACAACGCAGAAUGCCCGUCUCUAUCAUGGCCAGUCUGUAUUCUUCAAGGGUGUCAAAUUUUCGCAAUUGCAACCAGAAGAUGUAGUUGCAGUUCUGGAUACAGCUUCUCAACUCACUGAGGACGGUUCCUGCAGAAUGUUGUGCAUAUUUGAGUAUUUCUCUGGGAAGACGAUUGACGCUGUGCCGAGCAAGGCUACCGCGAUGUACAACCGAUCGUUCCAGAAGAAUUCGCUAGCUGUCUGUCUCUGGGAUGUGAACACGCCGGAAAACCAGACAAUCGGGAGGCAGAAUUGCUAUACAAUCAGUGAUCUCGUAUCGAGUUUCACAAAGGAUACUGAGUUGGCGAGGAAACGUGCAUAUGGUAAUUACGUUGUGGAGAACUUGAGUCCCGAUCACUCGGCAGUACUGUUUGGAGACAACUAUCCGAAGUUACAGAAAGUAAAGCAAAAAUACGACCCGGAGAUGCUCUUCAAGAACUGGUUCCCGAUCACUCCUGCCUAGAUCUAGAGAAAGGUCGUAUUUGUUAUUCAUGGAUGGAAAGUUGGAGAUUUAGAACGACUAAUCCGGAGUCAGAUGGCACUGUCGUUCCUAGGUUGUCCAUGGUCCCUGUAUAAACGUAUAUUCGUUCUGUCAGCAUCGUAAUACCCUAAUAUGUGUUUUCUAAUAAU